AUGCAGAGCAGCCUGAGGAAUGUCCUCGUGAUUUCCUUUGGAUUCCUCCUCCUCUUCACGGCCUUCGGAGGGCUGCAGAACCUCCAGAGCAGUCUCUACAACGAGGAUGGCCUGGGCGUGGCCACGCUCAGCUCCCUCUACGGGGCGGUGCUCCUCUCCUCCAUGCUCCUCCCCCCCAUCCUCAUCAAGAGGUGCGGCUGCAAGUGGACCAUCGUGGGCUCCAUGUGCUGCUACGUGGCUUUCUCCCUGGGCAACUUCCAGGCGAGCUGGUUCUCACUGAUCCCCACGUCCGUGCUGCUGGGGCUGGGCGCCGCCCCGCUGUGGUCGGCCCAGUGCACCUACCUCACCGUCGCGGGGAGCCGGCACGCGGAGAGGACCGGCCAGCUCGGCAGGGACGUGGUCAACCAGUACUUCGGCAUCUUCUUCCUCAUAUUCCAGUCCUCUGGCGUGUGGGGCAACCUGAUCUCCUCGCUCGUGUUUGGCCAGACGCCCACGAAAGAGUCCAUCCUGGAGAAGCAGCUGGAGUCCUGCGGGGCCCGGGACUGCCUGAUGGUGGCAGCCUCCAGCAACAGCACGCAGGGCCCCUCUAGGCAGCUGAUCUACACGCUGUUGAGCAUCUACACGGGUACUGGCGUGCUGGCGAUCCUGCUCAUCGCCGUAUUCCUGGAACCCCUGGAAGACUUUGAGCCGAACGGAAAAGGAAAGGACGGAAAGCCACCUCCCUUUUGGACCACCCUGCUGUCCACCUUCCGGCUGCUGGGAGACGGACGUCUGCGCCUCCUGAUCCUGCUGCCGCUGUACAGCGGCUUGCAGCAAGGAUUCAUCUCUGGUGAAUACACAAGGUCCUACACCACCUGUGUCCUGGGCAUCCACUUCGUGGGCUACGUGAUGAUCUGUUUCUCCGGGGCCACCUCCCUGUGCUCGCUGCUAUACGGGAAGCUCUCGCAGUACUCCGGCCGGGCCGCCAUCUACGUGCUGGGCGCAGCCACCCACCUGUCCUGCAUCAUCAUGCUCCUGCUGUGGCGCCCACGGCCAACCCAGAUGAGCGUCUUCUUCCUCCUCCCCGGCCUGUGGGGCCUGGCGGACGCCGUCUGGCAGACACAGAACAAUGCUCUGUACGGCGUUCUGUUCGAGAAGAAGAAGGAAGCUGCCUUUGCCAACUACCGCCUGUGGGAAGCCCUGGGGUUUGUCAUCGCCUUUGGCUACAGCUCCUUUCUGUGCGUCAGCACCAAGCUGUACAUCCUUGCGGGCGUCCUAAGCGUGGCCAUGCUGGCGUACGGGGUGGUGGAGUUCAGGGAGUCCAAGAAGACCAUGCAGGUCCUGGCGGCGGGAGAGAUGGGGCCGGCAGAGGAGGAGAACGCACAGUCAGAAAUGUGACCAACCAAGGCCGGGCCGCGGCCCACCCGGACCGCAGCCAGACCGC